CAUAAAAUGUUAACAUCUGCCUCAACGUACUUUACCCUAGUGUUCACCGUAACAAUCGCCAUAACAGUAUGGGGGGCCGACGUCGAUAAGGUUGUCUUUCAAUUCCCAGAGUAUGAUUUUAAGGAAACUAGUAAAAAUGAACUUACUUUUCGCGAGUACGAAUCAGCCUGUGACCAAAGCAACCGAUGUGCGGAAUUCGAUGGAAUUGAAAGGACUCGGUGCGUGCGGGAAUGUAUCUCACCAUCAUGCUACCAGGAAAUAUAUAAAUUUGAUGAGCUCGAAGAAGGUGAAAUCGAUGUACGGCUGAACUCAUUCCGUGCCUGUUUUAUGCAGCGUCUCAAUCGUAACCGUGGUUAAGAUAUU